CCCAGCCUCAUGCAGCAUUCAACCGGUCGAGCCAGUCUGAUCCGAUCCCUUUUCGUGUCGGCAAGUCUACAAAACGCGUCGACUGUGCACACGCCUGACCGGUUCCGACGGUGGGAGACAGUGAUCCCGGCCGGACGGCUAUUGAUCCCUGCCGACAACCAAGCGAAUGCAGCGGAGGAUUACUUUCUUUCUCGCCGUGUCGGUGUGCACGUGAAUGCGUGCGCAUGUAUUUGUGUGUAUGUCGACUCAGCCCUCUCCUCAUCCAAACCCGGUCUGUUGGCUUUAUCCGGCUUCUCUCUCUCUCUCUCUCUCUCUCUCUCUCUGUCUCUCUGUCUCUCUGUCUCUGUCUCGAUAGCCGCCUAUCCUCUUUCUAUUCCACACGCCCUCUUCUUGCCUCAUUCUUCACCCUCGGUUGCCACCCUCGGUGUCACCACGUCAACUGGCCUCCUCCCCCCUUUCGGCAUGCCACAAUGCCUCCCCUGUCGUGAGUCGGCCAACUCGAUGGCCUGUUUAUUCUUGCCGUUACGCAGGUCGGCUUCCUGUCUUUGCGCUCGUCCGAUGCCGGUCAGGCAACCCCUUUCCUCUGGCCCGCCUCAACCACAAUUGCCUACCUCCCGACGCCCUGCUACCCCGAACCGGUCGUCUAAACAACACUGGCCUUCACACUCCCUCUCUCCUCCACACUCUCGGUCUAGUUGCCUCUACGUCUACUGUCUUUAUCUGCAUUUCUAA